AAAAGAUGCAACGCUAGGAAGAGAAAAGCCAGUGACAGCGACACAGACAAAAAAAGUAGAGAGAGGUGUCAUCUGCUGAAAGUGACGAGGAGAAAGAAAAAAAGAAAGUCACUGUCGCUUACAAGUCCACACGGUCAGCGCCCCGUAUAAAGCUAUCAAUCACGUCCCCCUCCCUUCGCUGUGUAUAGAAACCAGAGGGGCCAGAUGACAUGGGAGCAACUGCAAUCUAUGAGUUGGACACAGCAAAGGACAAUGAUGCUCAGGCCAUCUUUGAGAGGAGUCAAAAGAUCCAGGAGGAGCUGACCGGUAAAGAGGAUGAUAAGAUCUACAGAGGAAUGAACAACUACAAAAAGCACAUCAAGCCCAAAGACUCCACCAUGGGAAAUGCAUCCUCUGGCAUGGUCAGGAAGGGCCCAAUCCGGGCCCCAGAGCACCUGAGGGCCACAGUGAGGUGGGACUACCAGCCAGACAUCUGUAAAGACUACAAAGAGACUGGCUUCUGUGGCUUUGGAGACAGCUGCAAGUUCCUCCAUGACCGCUCAGACUACAAACAUGGCUGGCAGAUUGAGAGGGAGCUGGAUGAGGGGCGCUAUGGGGCCAACGAUGAUGAGAACUACGAGGUGAGCAGUGACGAGGAGGACAUGCCCUUCAAAUGCUUCAUCUGCCGAGAGUCCUUUAAGAACCCCGUCAUCACCAAGUGUCGGCACUACUUCUGUGAGACCUGUGCUCUUCAGCACUACCGCAAGUCCCAGCGCUGCUAUGUGUGUAAUGUCCAGACCAACGGCGUCUUCAACCCAGCUAAAGGUUUCUGGGACCAAUCAGACAGGCUAGAAUGUAUUUCCAUUCUAGAGAUCUUGGAGGAGGUACUCAGCUCCAGAAACUCAUGUUCAAUGGCGUGGCGUUUGGCCGGAGCAAGGAGUUUUGGUAGACAGGCAAGAGCUUAUGUACAUCGGAGCUGGCAGCCAAGAUCGCCAAACACCAAGCCAUGCUAGACCAGCCACCCUCUGAUGAAGAAGAUUAGCAACCUACUUUAAAUACAGUACCUAUCCAAUUUCAUCAGUGUCUGUCUCCUCUGUUUCAUUGUAUCAAUGUCAAGCCUUCCGGAAUAAAACUUGAUUUUUAAA